GGGGGCGGGGGAUGGCGCGCGGCGCUGCGCGGGGCGGCUGGCACAGGCGGCGGCGCCGGGGCCGGAGGAAAAACCCCGCCCCCGUUGGUCAUCUGCUUGGCCCAUUGCUGCCUCACAAAGGCCCAAGGACAACGAGGAAUCAUGUCCGAGGUUCCUGGGCUAUGAGAAGAGCUGCCUGCCCAGUCCCAUUCAGUCCUGUGCCAGGCUCUGCCACUGUUAUCCACAGCUGCAGUGAGAGGAGGAGGAGGCUGGCACCAUGGGCCCAGGCAGUGUCCUCCGUGCCUGGGGGAUGAAAACGCUGCCAUGGACAGUCCAUGCCAAUCUGACCUCCUGAGCAGGAGUCUCCCUCAGCUGCCCACUGUGGACACCCCUGGGCACAGCCUUGCCAGGAUGGGCUUGGAGAGCUAUGUGUCCUGUCCUUCGCAGCCCUCCUUCCACCUGUCUGCUCCUUGCGAGGCUUCGGCUGGCCCCAGCAGCAGUGGGGGUGGCCCUCUGCCCCCAGGAGCCGGCAUCCCCUCAGCUGCAGCCAGCCCCAUGCCCGAGGGGCGCAGUGGGCAGGGGGGAGGGGAGCUUCGACCCCUGCAGAGUGAGGGAGCUGCUGUGCUGAUCACCAAGGAGUGCCCACUGCUGGCCGCCCGGGGGGCCCAGCCCGAGGCCCCCAAGAGGAAGCGGGCCGAGAGUGGUGGUGACUCUCCACCAGGCAAGCGGCGCUGGGCGGAGGAGGGCAGUGAGACGUCGGUGCAGAGGGAGGCUGUGGUCUCUGCCGCCGAGAGGCUGGCUGUGGACUACAUCGUGCCUUGCAUGCGGUGCUAUGGCAUCUGUGUGAAGGACGGUUUCCUUGGGGCAGCCUUGGGUGGCCAAGUGCUGGCGGAGGUGGAGGCCUUGAACCGAGACGGGCGCUUUCGGGAUGGACAGCUUGUGAGCCAGCGGGCCAUCCCCUCGCGUAGCAUCCGGGGAGACCAGAUCGCCUGGGUGGAGGGCCGUGAGCCUGGCUGCGAGAGCAUUGGGGCCCUGAUGGCCCACGUGGACGAGGUGAUCCUGCACUGUGCUGGGCGCCUGGGCAGCUACGUCAUCAAUGGCCGGACCAAGGCCAUGGUGGCUUGUUACCCUGGCAACGGGCUGGGCUAUGUGCGGCAUGUGGACAACCCCCACGGGGAUGGGCGCUGCAUCACCUGUAUCUAUUACCUGAACCAGAACUGGGACAUCAAGACCCACGGUGGCUUGCUGCAGAUCUUCCCCGAGGGUCGGCCUGUGGUGGCCAAUAUCGAGCCUCUGUUUGAUCGGCUGCUGAUCUUCUGGUCGGACCGCAGGAACCCCCACGAGGUGAAGCCAGCCUACGCCACCAGGUACGCCAUCACUGUCUGGUAUUUUGAUGCCAAGGAACGGGCUGCAGCCAAGGACAAGUAUCAACUAGCCUCAGGCCAGAAGGGCAUUCAGGUGCCAGUGUCCCAGCCAGGCCAGCCUACCUAGUGGAGAGCACUUGGAACCAGCCAGAUGGCCGGCCCCUGGGUGGGGCUGCCGGCUCCCCCACCCUGUGCUGCUCUGCUGGCUGCCAGGCUGGGCUGUCCUGACACCCUGGAGUUCUCUCUACUGCUGCUUCUGCCUUUGCCUGCCUGCCUUCCCCCUCCCCAUGUGGGUGGAGGGGUUACUGCCAGCCCUGGAGAGGAGCAGGAGUGCCCAUUCCUGGCACAACAGGAGCUGGGCAGGGACAGGCAGCAUCCCAUGCACGUGGCCCUUCCCCCAGCUCCGUAAGGAGUGAGCCUCCUAUGGGCUUGCCCCACAGCGGGCCCCUCCGGCACUGCCCCCUCUAACCAGGAUACAAGAUUGGAAUUGUUGGGGGUGGGGAGGGUCAUGGCCUCUUGCUGGCAGUGGGAAGAUAGGGGGGACUCUGGCUCCCCCCCUCCAGCCUGGAAUGUGAAGUGCCCCCCCACCUUGGCCCUGGCCUCCUCUGGACUGAGCCUCCUGUGGGGGUAGGGGUGCUCAGCGGAGCCUUGGCUGCAGACUUGCCGCCCACCCCCAAAUAAAGUUUACCUCAGA